AAUGGAUCCAUGUCCGGCCCGGAAAGCAAUCUUCAAUUCAUCGGAUCAUCCAUAUAUUUACUCAUAAUUCAAUUUCGGAAUUUUCAUUUGAGCCAUGCAGUCAACGGGUGAAAGCUGCGAAGCUGCUGCUGAUUCGAAGAGGCAGCUGCUGCUAUUAGAAAAGAAGGUGGCGGAUCUAAUGCCGCACGACAAGCGAAGAAGACUAGUGGAGGUGCCCUACACCGCAACGCUAGCCGAUACCAUGAACACUCUUCUGGCCCACAGGGUGGCGGCGGUCCCGGUGGCUGCACCGCCGGGGCAGUGGAUCGGUGCCGGCGGAACCAUGAUUCUCGAGCACGAUAAGAGCACCGGCGCCGCCAGGAAGCAUUACAUAGGGAUGGUGACGAUGCUUGAUGUGCUGGCGCAUAUUGCGGGUGGUGAAGAAGAUCUUGACCUGAAAAUGGCGGCUCAAGUCUCUUCCAUCAUUGGUCAUUGCCUUGAAGGUCUCAGCUUGUGGACACUCAACCCUGCUAUGAGCCUUGUGGACUGUAUGGAAGUGUUUAGCAAAGGCAUUCACCGCGCCAUGGUUCCACUGGAGAGCUUGCAGCAAAGCGAGAGGUUGGCGGGCGUAGAGCUGGUGGAGUCGGCAUCAAGCUACGGGAUGGUCACCCAAAUGGAUGUUUUGAAGUUCCUGCGAGAAUACAAUGGGCAACACCCCGAAGGCGAGCUCAAACACAUCAUGUCAUGCCGCAUCAAAGUCGAGGAUGCCGCGGCCGUUUUCGGGAUUUCCGACGAGUCCACAGUCAUGGAUGCCAUCAAAUGCAUGAAGGCGGCUUCACUCACCGCCCUGCCUAUCCUUCACUCUUCCAUUGCCAUUCAAGAACAUCACUCGCAACUCUUUAAUGUGAAUAAUUUCAGUUGUUGAGUGAUCAAGCAUAAAUCGUCGCUCAAUCACCCGCUCCAAGAAUUCCAUGGUCUGAUUCAUAAGUUUAUAUAAAAAAGAACUCGAUUAUAUUAUUGUAUUAUGUCC